AUGGUGGACCCCAUUCCUGAUGAGAAAGGAGGAGCUGAGCCCAGCAGUUCAGGAGAGGAUGGAGCCGCAGCAUCGGUGCCCCCUGAUGCCCAGGGCUCCCAGCAGCCUGCAGCCGCCUCAGCAUCGGCUUCGGCCUCGACCUCAGCUGAUGCACCCCGCAAGGCAGAAGUCCCAUGCGUGGCAGAAGGAGGGCGGCGCGAGCAGUCCCCAUUACUGCACCUCGACCUCUUCAAUUUCGACUGUCCGGAGGCUGAGGGCAGCCGCUAUGUGCUGACUAGUCCUCGCUCCCUUGAGGCCUGUGCACGAUGCGCCGUCAAGCCGGUGGAGCUGCUCCCGCGGGCCCUGGCUGACCUGGUGCGUGAGGCUCCGGGCCGCUCCAUGCGAGUGGCCACGGGCCUGUACGAGGCAUAUGAGGCAGAACGUCGCGCCAAACUACAACAGUGCAGGGCAGAACGCGAGCGCAUCGUUCGCGAAGAGAAACGGCGACUCUUCACGCCUUUGGGUGCUGCUGCCGCCGCCGCUGCCACCGCCCCGAGCGCCGGUAGCAGCAGUAGCUGCAGCAGCGCCAGCCUCCCGGCGUCGCCCGCUCCGCGCGCGGCCCGGAAAGCCUCCCCUAGUCUCUCCCCAGCCCGAACCCAACCUCCGCCUGCGGGCUCACGGACAGGUAGGAAGAGCCAUUCGCUAGACUCCCUGUCACGCAGACGAGAAGGCGCCCUUAGCUCUGAAUCCGGUACAUCUGGUGCAUCGUCGUCGUCUUACAGUGGAGAGAGCCUGCGAGAGCUACGCUGGCAGGCGCGGACCUCGGCAAGGCAUAGCUACCCGGCCGGGUCAGCAUCAUCUGCCCCCAACCCUCUGGGACGGCCCUCCGCCCUGCCCUUGGUCCCCAUCACUGGGCGCAGCUUCAGCUUGGGCGAUUUGAGCCACUCGCCGCAGACUGCUCAGCACGUGGAGCGCAUCGUGCGGCAGGUGCGCGCGGAGCGGGGCCUGCGCGGGGUGCCCGAGCGCGAUCGGAAGAUCGCAGCGCUCAUGCUGGCGCGCUACCAGGAAGAGCGCCUGUUGCUGGAGCAGCGCGCCGCUGCCCACGGCCAGUGGGAGCAGCAGCGCGUGCGCGCCGAGAAGCGACGUGAGAACGAGGAGCGAGAGAAACAGCGCGCUUUGGAGCUAGGGCGCCGCGCCUGGGCCGCGCAGGUGGAGGAGCGGCGUGGCCGCCGGGGCCGCGAGGAGCGGGAGGCUGCGCGGCGAAAGCAACGGCAGUGCGAGCGUAGCGAGGAGCGGCGGCGGGAGCUGGCCGAGCACCAGGGCCAGCUGCGGCGGGAGCGAGCCGACCGUGCAGCCCGGGAGGACCGGCAGCGCAAGCUGCAGCAAGAACAAAACCUGAAGCAGCGGGAAGAGGGCCUCCAAGAAGGCCGUGAGAGGGCAGAACAGGCCCGCAGGGAGCGCGCCCAGAGGGCGGCCCGCGCCAAGCAGCGACAAGAGGGCCAGCUGCAGCGGGAGAAGCGGGAGCUGAGCCGGGCUGAGCGGGCACGCCACGAGGCGCUGCUGAAGGGCCGGGCCCGGCAGGAGAACGAGGAACGCGAGGGCUUGCGGAGCUCACUGGCAGCCAGCUUGGGCCGUGCACAGGAGAACUACGAGCAGCUAGUGGAGCAGCGCACCCGCGAGCUAAGGGAGAGGGCCCGGCGAGAGGAGCUGCAGAGCCGGAGGGCCAAGGAGGCGGCUGAGCGUAAAGAGAGGGAGCACCAAGCCCACCUGGAGGCGCUGGCACGGGCCGGGGAGCGGCGGCUGCAGCAUGCAACGCAGGCGGCCGAGGAAGCAGUGCUGCAGAAGGCGCGGCGCGUGGGCCAGAACCGUCUGGAGAAGGAGCGGGCCCAGCGCGCCAACAAGCUGAAGGUGGAGAGGGACGAAGACUGCCGCAGGCGGGAGCUACUCCAGGCCAUAGGGCGCAAGCUGGAGAGGAGCGAGCAGCUCUCGCGGGAGAGGCGCAGCGCGCUGGAGAGCGCCCGCUCCACUGCGCGCGCCUCCUUCCACGUUCGGGAGAAGGUGCGAGAGGAGACCAACACGCGCUCCUUCGACCGGAUGGUGCGGGAGGCCCAGCUGCAUGCCAGCCUAGACCGCAAAUGA